CUCGUGCUGUGGCCAAUGGGCAGCGCUCUCCCCCGGCACCGCCCCCAGACCCCGGCCCCAGGCCCCCGGCCCGGAGCGCUCGUAGAUCCUUGGCUGCUGCUGCAGCCUCGGCCUCGCGUGUGCCCGGACACUGGGGACCCCCGCACAGUAGCAGCAGUGGGCGGCGGCUCGUCCUCUGCCUCUCAGGUACUGGCCAUGCCGGGAGAGCAGGAGGAAGAGGAGGAGGAGGAGGAAGAGGAGGAGGAAGAGAGAGAGAUGCAAGAAGAGAUGGUACUGCUGGUGAAGGGCGAGGAAGAAGAGGGUGAGGAGAAAUAUGAAGUGGUCAAGCUGAAGAUUCCAAUGGAUGGCAAAGAGAUCCCAGGCACGGCCCCUGAGCCUCCCGCAGACCCAACCCGGCCUCACGCCUGUCCUGAAUGUGGCCGCGCCUUCGCCCGCCGCUCCACCCUGGCCAAGCAUGCCCGCACCCACACGGGCGAGCGCCCCUUCCCUUGCCCAGAGUGUGGGCGCCGCUUCUCCCAGAAAUCUGCGCUCACCAAGCACGGCCGCACCCACACGGGUGAGCGGCCCUAUGCCUGCCCCGAGUGUGAGAAGCGCUUUUCCGCCGCCUCGAACUUGAGGCAGCACCGACGUCGGCACACGGGCGAGAAGCCCUACGCGUGCCCCCAGUGUGGCCGCCGGUUUGCCCAGAGCUCCAACUAUGCGCAGCAUCUCCGCGUGCACACUGGUGAAAAGCCCUACACCUGCCCAGACUGUGGGCGCGGCUUUGGGGGCAGCUCCUGCUUGGCCAGGCACAGGCGCACCCACACUGGCGAGCGGCCCUACUCCUGCCCCGAGUGCGGGACCAGGUUUGCCCAGAGCUCAGCCUUGGCCAAGCAUCGGCGCGUGCACACCGGGGAGAAGCCCCACCGCUGCCAGGUGUGUGGCCGCGGCUUUGGCCACCGCUCCAACCUAGCGGAGCAUGCCCGCACCCACACCGGCGAGCGGCCCUACCCCUGCCCAGAGUGUGGCCGCCGCUUUCGCCUCAGCUCCCAUUUCAUCCGGCACCGGCGGGCCCACUUGCGGAGGCGGCUUUACAUCUGCGAGGGCUGUGGCCGUGGCUUCAAGCUAGCCUCUGGUGUGGGCAGAGUGGGGGGCAACGAGAGAACCGACCGGUGCCCUGAGUGUGAGGGGAGCUGAGGACGGAGAAACUGGGGGGCUGGCACAUGUAUCCCUUGGGAAGGGAUAGGGGAAGAAGCAGGAGAGAAGGCCCCACUCCCCAGGGAGGAGGAGCAGUCCUCUCCACCAUACGGGGAGAACUCUGGGAGGGGAAGUUUCUGCAUCUGUCACAGGAAGCCAGUGUUAAAAGCAGCACACUGUCUCCAGAACACCCCUAGAAUAUUCUAAAGGAGUGGAGCAGCUCUGAAAAGCCCCUGCCCUUCAACCCUGCUUACCUGGGUCUUUCCCUUUCUUCUCAGUGAGUUUCUUACUACUUUUCAAAUGUAGAAUUGAAGAGAGAAAAGUGGGAACCAGCUUGAGAAAAGAACCGGGGACCCAUGUGCCCAGGGCUCCCAGGGAUGCUUCCAGCCUAAGGGAGGAGGAGGUCAGGGGCUUCUGUUAUCUGGAGGAACUAGCCCCCCUCCUGUGUCCUAUACACAUUGGGGCCUGUGUUUGUGAAUAAAGUAUUAUCCUCCUGUUA